UGCUGGUGUUGAUGUGCUCCGUGACCGGGGUCUCAGGGCUGUUGGUGGCUGCCCUCUGCUGGUACAGGUUGCAGCGGGAGGUGCAUCUGGCCCAGAAGUUGGCAUAUACGGCGUAUCGGGGGAAUCAUUAUCGAUACCACCAGCCCGGAAUGUACAUGGACGCCCGGCUGGCCCAGUCCUGCCAGGUGCACCAGUACCAGCGCCAGAAAAAGAUCCUGACCAAUGAGGAGAGCCCCCCAAAGCCCGUCCAGCAGCUGUCGACGGAGUCGGAGACUGAGAACGGCGACUUUACUGUGUACGAAUGUCCCGGACUGGCACCG